UGCAAAAAAUUUUGUUAUCCUUUUUGUUCCUUUUUUGGGUUUAAUGUAAAUUAUUUGGGCUUCUUUUUAAUAUCUAAAACAAAAAAUGAUUUCUUUUCCUAGCAGUUACUUAUUUUGCAUUAGAUUGCCUAUAAAAUCCUCACAUUUGGUCAUCAUCUUUCAGUUUAUUUCUUGGUGUUGUCAUAAAAUGGAAAACAUACCAACUUUGUUGUUAUUGAUGCUACUACAUUUUGGUUUCUCAAAUGCAAAAAUAGGUUCACAUGAAGUUAUUGAUAAUCCUUCACCUGUUUCCGCAAUGUUUGCUUUCGGAGAUAUGAUGAUCGAAACAGGAAAUAACAACUUCUUGAAUUCCAUUGCUAAAUCAAAUUUCUGGCCUUAUGGUUGUGACUUUAACCGUGGCCCAACUGGAAGGUUUACUAAUGGCAAGACUAUCGUUGACUUAUUAGGUGAAAGGUUUGCGAUGCCAUAUCUUCCACCAUAUGCAGACCCUACCACUGCUGGCCCAAGAAUUAUGGCGGGUGUCAACUAUGCUUCUGCAGGUGCUGGCAUUUUAGAUGAAACCGCUCGGCAUUGGGGUGAUCGAUUUAGCUUAAGCCAGCAAGUAAUAAAUUUCCAAAACACAUUGAAUCAGUUAAGGAACACGAUGAGCGGCAGGAACAUCACCCGAUAUCUCGAAAAAUCCAUAGCAUUUAUGUGGUUUGGAACUAACGACUACAUCAAUAACUAUCUCAUGCCUUUGUUGUAUGAUUCUAGCUUCAACUACAAGCCUCCUGAGUUUGCUAAUCUUCUACUUACUCGUUAUGCUCAAGAGAUUUUGGCGUUAUACAAUGUAGGAUUGAGAAAGUUUUUUAUAGUGGGACUAUCACCAAUCGGGUGCAUUCCAAAUCAAAGGGCAACAGGUCAAGCGCCAGUAGGAAGAUGUGUGGACUCUGUGAACCAGAUGCUGGGUUCAUUUAAUGAGGGUCUACGGUCAAUGGUGGUGCAGUUAAAUGCCAAUCAUCCUGCUGGAAUCUUUGUUUACUUUAAUGCUUAUGGCGCUCUUGGAGAUAUCCUUAACAACCCAGCUUCUUAUGGGUUUACAGUAAUUGACAGGGCAUGUUGUGGAUUAGGACAAAUAACAUGCUUACCAUCCUCAAUGCCAUGCCCCAGCAGGAAUCAAUAUCUUUUUUGGGAUGCUUAUCAAACCACAGAAGCUGCAAAUUCCAUACUUGCUCAACGAGCUUUUACAGGACCUCCUGCUGAUUGUUACCCCAUUAAUUUCCAGCAGUUGGCUCUUAUUUAAUUUUCUUUUUCUUAAAUACAUAAUUGCAACAUUUUGUAAUUUUCAUAUGAAUAGCUUUAAUCUGCUUUAAGUUGGGAA